UUAAUUAAUUAAUGUCAACACAAUCUUUUUGAUCAUAAUUCUGAAGCACCCUAUAGAUACGAGGUAUGAGGAAUAAAAUGUAGCUGAAAGGGUCAAGGAGAAAGUAAACAGCUAUAUUUUAUCAGACACACCCUGUACAAACGAAACACCGACAAGAAAGUCGUAUCGUAAAGUUGUGCAAUGAAAGGAAGAUGGCUCUAACUAUUAAGUCGUGGACAUAAAAUAUUGAAAAAUAAUGUGUAUUACGUUGGCUCAGCCACUAAAGCAGGAAAACGAUAUUUCUUCCUUCGUAGAAGGAUAUCAGGGCAAGGUAUAAAAGAUGUGGCAAACGGAAAGAGGUCUAUAGGUGCAUCUAUCAAUUUUAUUGCACCAUUAUCGAUAAGAACCCCUUGUUCACUUGUAUCCGGUGGAAACUUUAAGCCGUGUCACAUGAAACGCGUGAAACGAACGAUUAGCAGUAUUGAAAGAUACAUUAUCUGUCAUCGUUGAAGGAUAUAUUGAUAGUGAUCGUUGUUGACGGACAAGAGUUUUACAACGUAGAUAGAAAUUGUUAUUUUGUAGUCAUUUUAUAGAUUUAUCGCUUCUUAGAAACUGUUCAGGCGUGACAGUGUGUGCCCCUUUUCAUAAGUGAUUCUGCACAAAGAAUGGCAGAACGAAUUAACUUUCAUUCAGAAGACAAAAUUGAAAAUGAGUGAAAAAAUGGCAAAUUAAAUUCAAUUUUUGACCCUUUUCUAUGGGAUAUUUUUGCUUUCUUUGACACUUCUUUGUGUCGUUUCUCGGCAACCUUUAUUUUCUGGUCGACUUAUUUAUUGGUCAAUUACUUAUUUCUUCCGGGCCAAUUAUUAUAUCUAUCGUUUUACAAGUCUCGAGCAUAGGGUAAUAACCUUUAUUGACCCUCCAAGGGACAACCACUAAACUGUAUCGUGAAUGGUUGGUAUAGGGCCAAUUUCGAUCCAAGAAUUUCAGACUCUAAUCCAAGAAAAUCGACGCGAAUCCAUAAAGAAAAUCAUCCAUGUAUCUCCAUCCUGUUCUUGGUUGACAAAAGGAGGUUGUUUCCUUUGUGGGAGGAUCCUACGACAGAGUCUCUUUAAAGCGAGGCCACUGACCUGUCCAUUGUACCAUCCCUGCCACCCUCAUAUAAAAUAUUUGGACAGAACUUCCGGCCCACGAUACGGCUGUUGCCAGAACGAUCUUUCGAUCUCGACAUGCUUUCUUGCCCUCCUUGAUCCCAACUCCUGUAUCUUCUUCGAAAGUUUCUCGGGGUUGAGAAAAGUUUCUUUCCUCUCUCGAUAGUCGUCAAUCGUCAUGGAACAAGCUCGAUUUCAAAGUUUCAAUCGAGAAACGAGAACGAGGAUGUACUUUGUGCAACACGUUUCGGAAAAGCAGCCGUAUAGUCGUGAACGUUCCUGAUAACAAAACCUGGCUUAUUGUCGAGGAUAUUGACGUACAUAAGAUUAUUCUCCGUGGGAAGAUUUUGGAAGAGAAGCAGCCGAUAGCUUUGGCUCCGUUGCCAAGAACUGUUGAAACGCCAUGAAAAUUCAGGAAGAUUUGGAGAUUUGUUGUUGGAGAAAUAUUUCUUGUCUGAGAAAAAUUGUAGGCGACGUAGCAAUUGAGGUAUUACAGUCAAUGUAGCGCAAUUUUCGUGGUGUAGGAACGAAAGAUGGAGGAUAUCGUAAUUUAGAAGAUCGAGGACAUAGGAUAGGAUGUAAUCCCUGGCGAUGUUCCCACGGUCUUCAAGAUUCCUUGUGCACGCGAGCAUUUCUGUGUACCUCUGGCUGACACGCUACGAUUUCAAGGUGUUCAGGACUUGUCAGAGAAUACAGGGUGCGUCAGCGAUCCUUAAAAAGGAUCUCGAAGGACGACGAUACCAGACCUACACCAUCACAAAACAACAAAUACAAUACUUUAUCCACCUAUACACGGCGAAAUCAAAUUCUUCGAUUUUUAUGAUCCUUUUCUCGCAGUAUGCAAAUUUUACUCGAAAAUUCUCUCUAGUUAAAGGUACAAAAAUUUGAAUUCUGAUAAAAUAUUCAACCAUUCGAAUGAUGUUUCGAUAAAAGCUGACAGCUGUCAGCGCAGGCAGUGGUACAAUUGGAUUAUUUGAUGAGCUGCGUUGACACGAAGAAAAAAUUUAUUUUAUAUCGUGAAUACUGUUUGCAAACUGAUAAGAAAUCGCGAUUUCAUCGUAUGAAAUUUUUACCCAAUCAAAAUUAAUACCCAACAUUAGCAAAAUAUCUAAAAUAAAUUAAGAUAACGAUGUACCAUUUAAGCGAUUAGGGAAUCUCUGUGUAUCGGAUUUUGCUCAAUGAAACGUUCACUCAGUUCCGAAGAAACGAACGGUCGUUUCACCCAUUUAAGAUCCGCUAGAUGCAAUCUGGUUCGCACGGUCAGGCUCGAAAAGUAGGGGAUUUCAUUUCGAAGCUGAUGCACCCUGCGUAUAUGGAGCAGGUGCACCUUUACCUGCCGUAGGCGGUCCUACUUUUUCAUUCCUCUUCACUUUGCUACCUCGAUGCUCUGCCAUCGUCUUAUCUCUCCUCUUCUUUCGUUUACUCUUACCUCUCCUCGUGAAUCCUUCGCCGACGUUCGCCGCGAAUUAGUGGCGCAUAUAAAUAGAACGUUUACACACAAUGUCUUGAAGUUUCGCGAUUAUUAUACACGGGUGUUGUUGCUUCGGGUAACCCAGAUGGGUUGUGCUUUUUCUGCUAUCUUUAAUUUAUCGGAGGGAAUAGUUGAAUUUCAAGAUGCUGUUACUGAUACGAAGUGCUGGUCCUUCUUUCGACGAGCAAAAAUGUGUAAAAGCACGUGCCCUUUACGAUAACAUCGCAGAAGCACCGGACGAGCUAGCUUUUCGUAAGGGUGAUGUUCUUACGGUACUGGAACAAAAUACCGCCGGACUCGAGGGUUGGUGGUUGUGUGCUUUGCGAGGUAGACAGGGCAUCUGUCCAGGAAAUCGAUUGAGACUUCUGGUUGGCCAAUACGAUACAGGGGGUUGUUUAGUUGGCAGUAGGGCUGAUCUAACCACUUCUGAAGACGGUAUACAGAGGCAUGGAAAACGACGUAGCUGGCACGUUCAACCGAACAGGGUGGUAACUCCACAGAAGUGCGGCGACGUGUACCUAUACGAUCUUCCAGCGAGCCGGGCAAGUCCUGCACCACCCUCCAGGCACGACUCACCCCUGAACUCGAAUAACGAGCAUUUGCACAACUCAGGACGAUACACGACCAGCAACAGAAGUUCGGUAGACAAUGGCGGCGACGUGAGCGAUUGUUACGACGUGCCACCACGUGCGGUACCGGUGAUUCCAUCUCCGGCUAGCAGCCCGAGUCCUGCACCCUCGUGCUAUGAUAUCCCAAGGCCACCUACCUCUUGCACGCCGAAUUCAAACUGUUCUGGAGGCUCGGGGGUGACACCUUUGGACUGCUACGACGUGCCCAGGUCGUUGCAACCCCUCACACCCAGCAGCUCCGCGUCCAGUCUCACGAACGAUGGAUCUCUCAGUGGAUCAAACCGAUCGAGCCUGGCUGCCCCCGAUUACGAUGUACCUCGAUCGCGUCUUCCAGCUUCCUCGUUACCGUCCCGGCAGAAUACACCCGUGCCAAAGACACCGACACCUCCGCCACCGCCGCAAACGCAGCAAAUCUAUGACGUUCCAGUUAGCAAGGAGCUUCCUCUGGAGCUGGACUCCGCUUUGGAAGGUCUACAAAGGCUGCAGAGCGAGGCAUCAGCUGCGAUAGCUAGGUUACUCGGCUUCGUUAGUCCCGGAUGGAGAACGGCUCAACGAUUAGACGCUACCUUAAUGGAUCUUAGGCUGGCUGCUCUUAGACUUAGAACCUCCUUGCACGACCUGGCUGAAUUUGCUGAAGGAACACUAGGAAACGCGGGUAAAGCACCAGACAAAGGGUUAGCUUCUAAAUUGCGACCCUUGGUCAAGGCUCUUCGUGAUUCCGACAAGCUCGUACAGGAAGCCGCCACCGAAUUGGACGCGAUGGAAUGGGAUGCCGAGAAACUUUGCCGCGGGGCUAGCGAAACUCUGACACCUACUAACGGCCCACCUUCCACCAUUCUGUCAACGGUGCAACCGGAUCCACUCGAUCAGCUGAUUGCGUGCGCUAGAGCACUCACGGAAGACGUUCGUCAGGUCGCCAGUUUCAUUCAGGGUAACUCGACGCUGCUCUUCAAACGAUCGUCGAUCAUCUCGACCGGUAGCAGUAAUAACAGCGGUGCCGGCGAGGAUUACGAUUACGUAAAUCUAGACUCGAGGGAAGUAGUCGCGAAGCAAAGGGAAGAAGUAAGAGCAUCGUUGCCACAGGAACUCCGUAGUAAUUUCGAUCGUGUUGUAUCCGAGUCGGACCAUGCGACCAUUCAAAUGCCACCCACGACACCGACACCCAUGGAUCCCAACGACAAACAAUUGUUAGCUUUCUACGCCGCCCAGGUGAUCACGCAUGGCAACCACCUGACUCAUGCCAUUGACGCGUUCAUGCAGACGGUCGAACACAACCAACCACCUAAGGUGUUUCUGGCUCAUGGAAAAUUCGUAGUGUUGAGCGCUCACAGGCUAGUGCAUAUAGGUGACACGGUACAUAGAAACGUGACCAGAAACGACGUGAGAACACGGGUGCUGCAGUGUGCGAACGCACUGAACGAAGCUUUGGCGCAGACCGUGUCGAAGACGAAACAAGCAGCACAAUUCUUUCCAAGCGUAUCAGCCGUUCAAGAGAUGGUCGACAGCGUGGUGGACGUUUCCCAUCUGGCCAAGGAUCUAAAAGUCGCGAUGAUUCACGCCGCGCAUCAACCAUGAGCGCUGAAACAGCAGAUCCUCAUCUUAAAUACGGAAGAAGCUCGGCGAGGCGCUAGCUGAGAAGAAUUUCUCAUUAUUCUUCGGAGAAACUAUGUUAGGGCGCACGAAACCCGCCGCUCCUUCAAGUUCCUUGGAUUGGUCGGCAAUCCUAAUGAUCAAACAGUUUCUGCCUACAGAAACAUUGCGAGAACAGAAAAAUUAUUAAAAUUUAAUUGCAACAAUCUAUAUCGUAGACAUGUGUACACUGCCCAUUUGAUAGAGACGAGCAGCUAACCCUUAAGACUCGAUAUCAAAGUCGAGCUUAAGAAUACGGAGAAGAUUAAUAAGAAUUAUUAUUCAGAUUACUCGGAUAGAACUUAGAAAUUAAACCUCUGAUCAUUUAAUCGAUGGAAAAGGAAAUUGAACCACGAGAAUUGUUCUGACUUCCUUUUUCGUUCGACCAAAACUAGACCUUUCUCUCUUUACCACGAUAGAGAGUUCUCGAGGCCUAUCGUUACUUAGAGAUACACAACUGCCAAAGCCACAGGUACGUAGAACGUAAGGGAACCUCUUUCGAGACAAGCAUUUUUGUAAUGUAUACUCGAGAAUAUAGAGAACGUAGACUUUUAUAGGGAAUAUGUAACCGUGUCGUUAGCCGAAGAUGUGAAGCUAAUUAAACAACGUAAAAGAUAAGAGCAUGUGUGGAACGCGUUCGAAAUGACUCUCGAAGAAUUAUUGAUUGCUUAAAAAACGAGACUCGUUUGAAACGCUAUGCAAACGUGUUAAUUAAUUGUCAUAGAUGUGUGCUGCGAAGAAAACGUUUUCGUUUAGAAACUUGUUCACGCGUUACUGUGAAACGAGAAUAUAGGUUGAUGAUAAAAAAAAUUAGAGAAAAGAACACAAUGCCAGGAAAUAGGAUCGGAUUAAGAUUUCUGGAUCCUGGGCUGUAGCCUCCCUUAGACCCACCCUCAUUCCGGCGCUGCCAGGAAAAGAGCCACGAAUGCAAUAUGGAAUUUUUUACAAUUAAGAGCAACAGCGAGGUUUAUACAAAAAUUUCACUGCAAACAAAAACGUAAAAUCUGUCCUUUCGAAGGCCAAUUUUAAGCAAAUUUUAUACAACUUUAUUGAAAGGAGCACGACUUUUUCGUGCCCCAAGCCUUUUUAUGGCUCUUCCAGGAUCAUCCAAACGCACAGCGAAGACUUGCAAAAAAAGAACCAUUCGAUUUGUAGAUGUAUACAAUCACUUCGAUCAGACGAUUUGACACAAUCAAACUCCCCUUACAGGAGUAACGAAAACAAUAACUUGAAAAACGAUACGCCUUAUACACGAUCACUUAAUCAAUCAUUGUCAAAUCUCCUGCUGAUUAUAAAACUUUUAUCAUUCGUUCUUGACAUUGGCAUAAGCUUAAAGUACUUUUAUAAUUAGCAGGAUUAGAAAUGUUAUUGAAAAGAAAUGUAGGAAGAUAAAUGAAAUUCUUUUUCUUUCAUUGUAUUCUCCCAACUUUAGACGACAAAUUAUCUUCUUUGAUUGUUCGAAAAACUAAUCUACCUUAAUAUUCAACAACCACACAUUAUGAUUGCACCUUUAAGGUCGAUGCAUCUUUCAAAGUAUUUACUUUUCGCCAUCAGACGCAGUCUUUUCUCGUUUUCUUCUUUGAAUCGGCGAAAACUGGAGAAUCGUUGGAACGAUGAGAUACGUUUCAAUAAAUAAUCCGCACUUUUAGAGCAUUUGCUACGAUAUAGCUUAUAGUUUAUUUUUUAGAUACCAUAUAACCGAGCAUAUCGCGUGAACACGGACUCGUUUAUGGAACUUGUAUUAUAAUUUAUUGGCGGAGCGUAUUUGUAUGAUAAAAUGCAUUUUUCAGGCAUUUAGAGUUUACUGUAUAUUUAGAAUUUAUACAUAGUCGAUACCGAUAGGUGCUUAUCACAUUCUCGUUGAAUCUUAUUCUGAUAAUCGUGACAUGCUAUUAGAUGAACUAUUUCUUUGAAUAUAUAUAUAUAUAUUUAAAAAUAAACACGCAUAAAUUAUGCAUCGUCUUUAUUACUUUAAGUAAUUUCAAUUGAUUGUACAUGGUACCUGGAGUUUCUUCUAAUUGAGCACCCACGGAAUUCGUUGUCAGUGAAGACUUCCGGUUGGAAUUUUAUCAUAAUUCAACGAUUUAUCGUUAAUUAUUAUUGCGUUAAAUUUUGAAUACCUAUUAAUGUAAUUAGUAAUCUUAAAGUGUAUCAAGAAAUCAGAUGAUUAAUUAACGUUUAAGUCCUUCGAACUGAAUCGAUUGUGUUAAUUUAAAGACAUUUAAUGUGUACAUAAGUAUAUUUAUAUAUAUAUAUACAUAUAUAUGUAUAUUACAAUUAUUCCUAUUAUGAUGUAUACACAAAUACAAUAAUGUAUCAACGCAGCAGUUACACAAAAAAAUGUUUGACAUUGUGCAAUUGUCGAGUUUUAAUUUCUAAGCAUCGAAUUAUACUCAAGGAAAUACGCGAGGUAUUUAGAAUUAGAAAAGAUAAUUAGAAUUGUUUUACGUGAAGUAGAUGCGAGGUUUUUUUCAAAAAGUUAAUAUCCGUUCGUACUUGAUUCGCUUGGUAAAAUCCGAAUGAUAAUUUUGUAUACUGGCGCGUUACAUGUAUAUUAUAGUUACAAUAGUUCAAUAAAGAUUAAUUAAA